CCCUAUCCACACACACACACACACAUUUAAUUGCUUGGAAAACACUUCACACCAUGACAUAACAUCAUCAGUGAGCCUGAGACAGCUCUUUGUUGGAGCAUGGAUGUGAAUAUUCGUCUCAUUUGAUAUAAAUUGCAGCUUGUCCAGGUUUCGGAGUCAGAUCCAGUCGACUAAAGCGAGCGUUUGUCGAACCCUUACUGCGCAUUCCUGAUCCAGAUCUUAAGAUUUCUGCUGAGAAGUUGAACCGAUCGAUCGUAAGAAACAAAAAGACGAGUGUGAACUUCUUCGAUAUGGCCUUGGAAAAAUUUCUGACUCCACGCCUCUCUGCCACAUCUCUAAGCUGUGCUCUGGUGUGUGUUUUGUUGUGUCUUUCCCACCCGAGUCGUGUGUCUGCGAUGAAUCUCCAGCGUUUUAUCGGCUGUGCUGUCAGAGACUUCACCUUCGUGGCCCAGAAGCCCGGAUGUGGGAGACUGCAGAUCACCACUGAUGCCUGCUGGGGGCGCUGUGAGACCUGGGAGAAACCGAUCCUGGACCCGCCCUUCGUUGAGUCCCGUCAGCGAGUCUGCACUUACAACCACACCCGAUAUGUCACCGUGCAGCUGCCCAACUGCUCGUCCGGCGUGGAUCCGUACUACACCUACCCCGUGGCCCUGAGGUGUGAGUGUGGAGUGUGUGUGACCAGCACCACCGAGUGUAUCACCUCCGUCUGAGAGAGACAAGACAGCCAGCCAGACCAGGAGACGCGCUUUUCUCCUCUUCUUCUUUUCUUCUUUUGAGCUUUCCGUGAAUGAAAAUAUUAAAUUAGAAGCUGAUGCUGAGUGGACGAUGAGGGAGAUGAUGAGAGAGCUCUGAUGAUGAGAGGAUCGCAGUCUCUAUCAUCAGACAAUGGGAAUUACACGCAGGAUGCAUUAAAGGUGCGGUCUGUAACAUUUAAAGGUAUUUCAAGACCUGUAACAGGAUUCCCGUUUUUAAAGACUCCUUACAGAAUUUGUGAUUCAGAGUAUUAGAUUUCAGUGGAUUACUCUAGUGUCUUUAUUACAGGCUUCUGUUUACAUGCUUCUGGCCCUGAAAUUAGCUCCACCCCUGACCACAAGCUCUGUGUAAUCUGAUAUAUCUUGAAUCAUGAGCACACACACACACACACACACACAC